AUGUUCCCACCUCAUAUCCCCAUGUGUCCCCACGUGUUCCAACCUCAUAUCCCCAUGUGUCCCCACGUGUUCCCACCUCAUAUCCCCAUGUGUCCCCACGUGUUCCCACCUCAUAUCCCCAGGUGUCCCCACGUGUUCCCACCUCAUAUCCCCACGUGUCCCCACGUGUUCCCACCUCAUAUCCCCACGUGUCCCCACAUGUUCCCACCUCAUAUCCCCACGUGUCCCCACGUGUUCCCACCUCAUAUCUCCACGUGUCCCCACGUGUUCCCACCUCAUAUCCCCACGUGUCCCCACGUGUUCCCACCUCAUAUCCCCACGUGUCCCCACGUGUUCCCACCUCAUAUCCCCACGUGUCCCCACGUGUUCCCACCUCAUAUCCCCAUGUGUCCCCACGUGUUCCCACCUCGUUCGAACCCAUCCCUUUCGCACGCGGUCUACCUGAAGGCCGUCAAAGCGUUCCUUGGGAAUACCGCCAUUGGUGAGGGAGAGCAGGCAGAGGAGACGCAACAUCGCGCUUUGAUACGCCUCAAAAGGCGCCUCAGGCCUCAUCUCGAUUCACACGGUGUACCUGAGGUGGUCGAAGCGUGCCUUGGGAAUGCCGCCAUUGGUGAGGGAGACAAGGGAGAGGAGGCGUAA